AAAGUGUUGUAUGAAGGAGACGCGCGGUGGGAUUGGACGCGAACUCUGUGGAAAAUUAGCAUAGAUCAGUGUAUAAAUGCCUCUCCACGAGCGAAGAGAUUCACAAGUUUGAAAUUUCUCAGAUUGCAGUCAUGCCUGAGCCCGCGAAAACAGCUCCUAAGAAAGGAUCAAAGAAAGCCGUCGUGAAGAGCGCUGCAAAGGGAGGAAAGAAGCGCAGAAAGUCCAGGAAGGAGAGUUACGCCAUCUACGUGUACAAAGUGCUGAAGCAGGUCCACCCCGACACCGGCAUUUCUUCGAAGGCGAUGGGCAUCAUGAACUCUUUCGUCAACGACAUCUUUGAGCGCAUCGGCGGCGAGGCGGCGCGUCUCGCGCAUUACAACAAGCGCUCCACCAUCACAUCCAGAGAGAUUCAGACCGCCGUGCGUCUCCUGCUGCCCGGUGAACUCGCCAAACACGCGGUGUCUGAGGGAACAAAAGCCGUCACUAAAUACACCAGCAGCAAAUAAAUCCUCAUCUGAUCUGCUGUUCAACACAAAGGCCCUUUUAAGGGCCGCCCACUUUCUCCAUUUAAGAGCUUCCGGUAUCUGUUAAAGCUGAAUGUCGUGUUCGGACGAGUGUGAAAUGUCGUUAAUAUACAAACAUUGGCGUGUUUUUAAGCAACAGUUUCUUUCAUCUUUAAAUGUUGAAGCUCAGAGACAUCUUCAGUUCUGUGUUUGUUGUUUUGAGUUUUAUGUGCGUAAAUCUAUGGAGUUCGGCUUGCUUUGUUUUUUUUGGCGGGUGUUGAUUGUGCUUUCUUUGCAUCUAUUGUAAUUGUAUGUUACAAAUAUAAAACACUCACGAUUGCGAACAGUUGUUGUUUUCGACAAAGAAAAUCACGACAUAUAAAGGAAAACAAUUAAAAAUGUUUAAUCUGUGAUGUGUGUAGCUUGUAUUCAGCUAUAUUUAUAAAUAAAUUAGGGCUGUCAAAUGAUUCAUCGCGAUUAAACACAUUCAGAAUAAAAGUUUGUGUUUACAUAAUA